UUGUUCCUGGGUGUGGCUGCUGGCUUGAUUACAAAUUGAAGAACAUAACUCCUCAGAACUCAGAAGCUCCGCGAUCCCAUGCAAGAAAUUUAAGUGGAAUUUGGUAACGUUCCACUGGAACGUUUCUGGUGCCCCCCGAGAAGAAAGGCGUCAUUUUUUUGUUUCUACCAGGAACACCUGACACCACCAGAAACAUUCCCGUGGAAUGUUACAAGCGCAGGUGGCCCAUCCCCGAAGAAGCAUCACGGAGGAUGAGAGAGGCCACAGCAGGAAGUUAAACACUCGGCAGUGAGGCUCCCAAGUCCAACAUUGAGCUGUUUGUUUACAAUUAAACGGUUGUUUGGGAACUUUAACUGAUACUCAUGCACUUAACAGCACAUCUCUCAAAAUAUUCAAACCAUGGUGGUAGAGAUGUCCAAAUGCAGCUGUAACAACUGGUCUGGUCUGGUGAGUGGUGACUAGUGGUCACUGGUCAGGUACUGGGUAUUUGGGUAGUCAAUCAAUGAUAAAUUUCUUUGUUUUAUUUUGCCAAUGAUCUGCCUGUAUCCAGACUAGAGAAGACUCAAAACUUGGCUUGAAUUUGGUGGGUGGUGAGGGGGGCAGGGAGCCGCUCGAGCCGGUAAGGGAACCGCCAAUGUCAUCAUGACCCAUAUGGCCAUGUCCGGUUCGUCAGGUUGCUUAUCCUUAAUUAAUUGAAUUAGCCGCCUCCCGGUUCACUUUGGUCGACCGUCCGGGUUUAAAUACAGUAGCUGAGAGUCAGGCAGACAGAGAUGGCUUGGAGUAAAGCGCUAGCUCUAUCCAUUAUGCCUCCCAGCAUCAAUGAGUCUCCCCUCUCGUUUAGUUGUUUCCCUUCUUCCUCUUCGCUGCGCUUUCUUUCAUUUCUUUGUGUUUCUGGUAAUUGUUAUAGCAGUCAGUCGACUCAGUCCUGCUCUUCCGGAAUCAACCACUCCUCUUCUUUCCCUUCAGUGGUUAAGAGAGCAACACCACUAUCACCUUCUCCUCUCUUCCCCUUCUCCUCCACCAGGCACAUUUGCAGGGCAGCCGAGUACAAAUUUCCCGACCCCAUUCCAGAAUUCGCGGAAGCCGAGACAGAGAAGUUCAAGACUCAUCUUCUUAAAAAGCUCUCGAAGAAAGAUAUCUAUGGAGAUUCUCUCGAAGAAGUUGUAGGAAUCUGUACAGAGAUCUUCAGUACCUUCUUGUACACUGAAUAUGGAGGACCAGGUACUCUCUUGGUUAUCCCAUUCAUUGACAUGGCUGAUACGCUGAAUGAAAGGGGGCUUCCUGGAGGUCCACAGGCUGCGCGUGCUGCAGUAGUAUGGGCUCAAAAUCAUGUUGAUAAGGACUGGAAAGAGUGGACAGGCAAUGAUGAUUGAUGUCAACUAAUUAUAAAAACAAAAAUGCUUCCUUUGACAGACAAAUUGACUCGGGACUAUUUUAUACUGGAGGGUGGCUAGAAGCAUUCGUGUAUGGACUUUGGAGAAAGAGUUCAUUGAGCAAAAAUUUUGAAAUGGGCAUUGCAUUUUGAGAAGGUUCUGAAUUAACAGGAUAUUCAGAAGUUUAUGGAAAUUAUUAUCAAGGUCAUUCAUGUUACUUGUGCUUUGUUUGAGUUUUGAGGAAAGCCCGUCAUCAUCAUCAAUUCAUCAACCAAACCUUGGAUUUCUGGUAACAUAA